AUGAUUGUCAAAAAUGAUCGGGGGAGCAGUAAUAAUCGUGCGUUGCAAUGGACAAAUGGCCUUACUGCGUCAAACGCCUUCAUAACAUUGGUCACGGGCCCUUCACAAAAUUCAGAAAGUGGAGCAGAGUCAGAAUCUGUUUCUGCAAAUGUCUGGCACGGUAAUGAUACGGGUAGCGUCAGUUUUGCUGGUCAAAGCAAUACGCAACAACUUCUCGCCUCGACUGAAAAGGUCCGACGUAGUUAUGGUACCACUGAUGAUAGCACGUCAAAUACCCACAGUGAACAGGUUACAGUUACUGCUAUGUCAUUUUCUGAUCACAUCUAUUCACCAUCUAACUUGAUUACCACUACAUCAGAGUCAACGGUUAAACCUGAAUUAGCUUUAAAUACAUAUUUCAUUAACGAUGUUGUGGUCGUUAGUGGUGAUGCGAAAGCUGCGUCAGUUGUUGAAAAUCGAACUGCUAAAGCAAGAAUAAUCUGGACUGAUGAUCUUCGCGAAAUAUUAAUUCAAGAAAUGAAAAAACGACCUUGUUUGUGGGAUCAAAAUCAUCCAAAAUAUAGGGAUGUGCAAUAUGCAGCUAAUGAAAGGAAUGAAGUUAUUGAAUCGUUUUAUCAUCGAACAGGAUAUGCUUUGAAUGCGGAAGAUAUAGCAAGACAGUGGAAAUCGUUACGAGAUCAAUAUGUGCGUUUUAUCAAUAAAAUAAGAAAUAUGGAACCUAGUGACAGUCGAUUUCCAUCAUUCAAGUUUUCAGAAGAGCUAAAAUUCCUAAUGCCUUAUAGACAGUUACCUCAAUCCCGUUACUGUAUCAUAUUGAGUGAUGAAAAUGGUCUGCAAAAUCUGAAUGAAAGCAGUGUAUCAAAAGAAUCCUGUUCUGAAUUUACAUUUCCCAGCACCUCAGCCACCAACCUUUUACCGUUUCGUCGUAAAAGAAGACACGAGAAAUCGUCAGAUUACAAGACGCAGAAAGAUGGUGACUCGAAAAUUCAUGACAGAGAAGACGGUUGCUGUUCAAGAAUGGAUGAGUUCGAUCAUUUUGGAUUAUCAAUUGCGGAUUAUAUUCGGGGAAUCUCAAAACUUGAUGAAAAAGCCGCUGUAUGGAUUAGAGGUGAAAUUUGGACAUUAUUAACUAAGUGUCGUAUGAAAACAUUAGAAGGAUGCAGUGUUAAUGGUCCCACUUAA